ACACUCUCCCUCUUUCUCUCUCUGUCCCUCCUUCCCAAUCAGCCUUAGUCUGUGGAUGUGUUGGCUUCGUUUCCACACUUGUUAAAGCAACUCAGUCAUGUCAGAGCGUGGAAAAUCGUGGGAACGCUCUCUCUGGGAUUACAUUCCUCAGGAUUAGAAAUCGCCGGUGUGCGCCUGUUUUUGGGGUUUUGCGGUUCCGCUCGGGCUGUGUGCGGGGCGCAGCGGACUGACCGCCAAGAGUUUUAUCAGGAUUUGACCCUCCAUCCACGGGGGGAUUUGUGUUUCUUGUCCCAACGCAGGACAAAGGACGUGGGGGGAAAAAGGAGGAAAGCGGAGUAGGUGAGAGGUGAACAUGGAUCUCGGUUUCCUUGCACUCGCCUUUGGUCUUUUAUUCAUCGGUGGGUGCUCGGCCCGUGUGGUGACGGUGUCUCCUGGUCCGUUAAUCAGAGUGGAAGGUCAGCCGGUCUCUAUAAGGUGUGACGUCAACGACUAUGAAGGACCUAGUGAGCAGGAUUUCGAGUGGGAGAUGUCCAGGGAUGCAAAAGGACCAAAGAUUAAAAUGGUCUCCACAUUCGAUUCCAGUUUCUCAGACCCUUCGCUCAGCAAGCGUGUCGCGUCCGGCGACAUCUCGGUGGUGCGGCUGCAGGACAACGAGGCGGAGCUGAAGAUCGCCGAGGUGAAGUCGCAGGACUCUGGUUUCUACUUGUGCCGAACGACCAGCACAGACUCGGUCAUCAGCGGCAACUACGAGGCUCAGGUCCAGCUCAAAGUUAUACCCAAAACCCUCAAGGUGUCCCCCCAGACUCCACCUCCAGUCGUUCUAGAGGGAAACGACCUCACACUCUCCUGCAACGUCACUCGGGAACUGAACUACCCCACCUACCUGUCCAUCACCUGGUUGGUGAAAAAGGGCACCGCUUCUGAGGAAAUUCUCACGUUUGGUCCUCAGGGAGACGUCGUCACAGGUUCGAAGUUCACUCGCCGUUACUUGGACGGCGGCCUUCGGUUGGUUCCUGGCAGGAUUGGCUUGUUCGAGCUGGUGAUUUCCAGAGUCACCACGUCUGAUCAAGGAACUUAUGAAUGUAACGGGACUGAAUGGACGCAUGAAAGUGGAGGGAAGUGGACAAAGAUUGUGGAGAUCACAAAAGAGAUGGGGACAGUUACUGUCACUCCUACAGGCCAUUUCCUCAACGUGAAAGCUUCAUCUUCCUCUUCGUCCUCCCCUUCUGUGCUACUUUCUCCCGGAAACAUGCUGACCCUUUUCUGCUACGUUUUUGCUGACAACCUGCCAGUGCUCUCCCUGGAAAUGACCUGGCUGGCUGAUGGCCGUGAAAUCAUCACUAUGGACCACAGUGGGUUGGUUAUCUCCAACACAUCUUCGAACGGAGCGCAGGAAAAGCGAGGGCAGGCGACCCUGGAGAGGACCGGAGGCGGGGAGUACAGGCUAGGGGUGAGGGGGGUAAGCGGCGAGGACGGAGGGAUUUACACCUGCCGGGUCCGAGCCUUUAUCGAGAAAGGAGGACGCAGCACUGGAGGAGGAGGGAGGUGGCACCUGGCGGCUGAGAAGAUGUCCAACCCUGUGACUGUGAAAGUCUCAGAAACCAAACCAAACUUCACGCUGACCCUUGAAGCCUCCAUGAAGCCCCAGAAGACAGGCGAACCCAUAGAGCUCUCUUGUGACGUGACCAACGUCUCCCAGUUACCUCCAGGGGGCAUACUGGGUGUCAGUUGGGAGCACAUCAGUCUUCCUGAUGAGGGGACCAAUGCUCAUUCCUCAAAGCUCAUUGGCUCCUUGGAUGGCUACGGCAACCUGUUGUCAGAUUCGGCGUACAAAGACAGGCUGGACAGCGGAGUGCUGGGUCUGAGCAGAGUCUCACCCAACACGUUCAAACUGCGAUUUCUCCGCACGCAGAAGAUCGACAUGGGCCAGUAUGGGUGCACCGUCUCUGCCUGGACAGUUAGCAGCCAGGGGGAUGUGGUGAAGGCCGCCGAGUACAAAAGCUCACCGCUGACUGUACGGUGGGACACCAAGAGCCCCACUCUAAACGUCGCAGCCAAAACCAUUCGUAAAGCUUCAGUGGGCGGGGCUACCUUUGAGAUGAGCUGCACUGUUGUCACUGAGAACAUCGGCGACUGGAUCGGCUUCGCGGUGAACAUCCAAUCAGAGGAAAAGCUGGGAGAAACCGUGAAAACCAUCAUGUCUCUCAGCCCUGAUAACGUGGUGCAGCACUCGAAUCCAGAAAGGAGCGACAAUCUGGUUCUGUCCAAAACCGGUGCAGCAGAGUUCCAGUUCCGCCUGGCGGGCGUGCAGCUGUCUGACAAAGGUUACUACUGGUGCAACGUCACCGCCUUCACCAAACAGCAGGCUGAGCAGUCCUGGACGGUCGCCGCCAGGUCAGAGUCAAACAAAGUCAGCAUCGACUUUAAAGAAAACGGCCCGUCCUUCUCCAUCACCAUCCGCUCCGACGCCAGCAGUGUUUAUCCGUGGGAAACGGCCAAGAUGGAGUGCUUUCUCACCGUCUCUGGAUCCUCACCAAAAAGCGAGGACCUAGCGUAUGACGUGAGCUGGUUCUUCACCCGGCUGCGCGGCGGACAGACCAUGAGUCAGGUGGCCAGCCUGGACCGCUUUGGCCUCGUGAGGAAAAUGAACCGCAACUCAUCCAGUGACGUUUCGAUAGAGCGCAAAGACAAGAACACCUACUUGCUGAACAUUUUUGGCACUCAGGACAGUGACAGCGGUGAGUACCACUGCGUAGUCACUCCGUGGUACAGGUUGGCAACAGGAGACUGGAGUCAAACUAGAGAGCUGACUUCCAGCAGGGUCUUCCUCUCUGUCAAAUUUGCAGUCUGGGACUCCUUAAAGCUACCUCUCCUUUACGGUGCCUCGGCCUCUCUGGGUGUGGGCAUCUUCUCUUUGGUCCUGGGUCUGAUUUGCGCCCAGUGCUGCUGCCGCAACACGGCACACACUCCCCGCUCACGCAACAAACUAAUGGACCUCGAGAUGGACUGACAAACACUUUCCCCUGCACCCACAAGCUGCAGCGCCCACAAAAAGCACCACACGCAAAACAGACACACGCCCGUCGACGACUUCUGGGACACCCACCUGUUUGCCGCCGAUGGGCGUUGGGAGUGAAUCUGUCUUUUGGAAGCCUGACCGACCGAUCACAGUGCUUUUAAAAAGGUGCUUGGGGACUUCUCAGCUCUGCAGUGGAGGUGCAGGGGAUCUUCACGCUAGCCAAUGGAGAAAUAGCCUUUCAGACUUCUGUUUCUUUUUUGAAUAUAUUUGUUUUCUCAAUAGGAUUUCUGUCCAUAUGAGAAACUCUGAGGAAUCCAGAGCUUCUGAGAUGUCACUGCCCGCAGGGACUAAAGACAUCUACAGAGAUCAGCUGCCUCUCUAGCCUCUAGGAAUAACAAAUGAAGCACUCAGGCUGGAUUAUGUUUUUUCAUUGCUUUCUCAGAUGCCAAGGCUCAUUGCAAGUACAAGUACCUUUUUUAAAAUGUGAUAGCUAAUUGGUUCAUCGGUGCAUCAGUGAACCACAAAACUGUCCGAGGCUGGGCAUUUUCUUCAGGAUUAUUGAACCUGGAUUUAUCCUUUUUCAGUUUUAAGCCUGAGCCUUCCUUCUGCCAUAGAUAGGUUUGAGGAGUAACCAUUAAAAUUAAAAGUGCUUCAUGUGGUUUCCAAAUGAGAAGCAUUGGUCUACCACCCCAGAGUGUUCCUAUUUUAACAAAAGGAAAAUAACUAACUUUAUUGUCAAGACGUUUUUGGGUUUUUUUUGAAAAUUAAGAGAUUUUAAAGUGACAUUAAAGAGACAUUUUUAAGCUUUACAAAAAGAUAUGCAGUUGGUGUGUUUGUGUGUGAGAUAUACUGUACACGGUGCCAAUAUUUGUUGAGUGUGGUUAGUUCAGAUUUCCGGACUGACACUUGAACUGUCGCUACCAGUGGCGGCAGAAAGCACUUCUCUUUUAUAAGUAUUCAGAAAUGUAUCCAGAUGUUUUUUUUGCCUGAGUCUUGUGUGUGUUUUGUACAGUGUGUGAGUGCUGUGUGACAAAGGGUUGCAUGUACUGUUUAGUAACAGUAUGAUGUUUUUCAUAAGUGACAUAAAUCUUUCUCCUUUCCCAUUAAAAGCCCGCUACUCAAAAUGUAAAAACUGGCUGCUGCAAAGUUAGCUAGCGCAAGCACAUGAUGAUGAUAAAUCAGGAUGACACAAGUAACUCAAUUGCUUUUUUGGUUUGCAUUAAUCAUAGUUCGUAAUUUUGCAUGUUUAUCUGCUUUAAAUGUUUAAAAAAACUUUUUACAGUUUUUUUCAAAUGUGCUUAACCUGGAUUAGUUUAGCACCGAGACAGGAAGUGGGGAAAAUGCUAACUUUGCUUGCUAAGAUAUAUAUUAUUGUCUAUGGACUACCUAGUUUUGUUUUGUGACCAAAAAAUCACUUUUGGUCCUCAUUUUAGUUUUUGUAAUCAACACAUACAAAACUGGGAAAGUUUUGCUUUUCAAAACUAGAACUUUUUACCUCGGCUAGUAUUUUUUGACGUCAUGCUAAACUAAGCUAUAUAUAUAUCCCACUUAAAGCAGGAUUAUAUACCAAUUUGAGGUAUGGUUUAUCCAAUUUGAAGCUAGGCCUCAUCCUACUUUAAGCUACAGCCUAAAUCCCACUUCAUGCUAGGCUAUAUCCCGCUCCAUGCUAGGUUAUAUCCAGCUCCAUGCUAAGCUAUAUCCAGCUCCAUGCUAGGCUGUAUCCAGCUCCAUGCUAGGCUAUAUCCCGCUCCAUGCUAGGCUAUAUCCUGCUCCAUGCUAGGCUAUAUCCCGCUCCAUGCUAGGCUAUAUCCUGCUCCAUGCUAGGCUAUAUCCCACUCCAUGCUAGGCUAUAUCCUGCUUUAAUCUGUCCAAAAACAUAUAUUUAGAAAAACAAUUUUUUACUUUAGCAAUGGUAACUAGUUGGAAAGCUAACCAGAAAUCAUUUUUGGAUUUGGAAAAGUUUUACCUUGGUAAGAUUUUCUUAAAUCAUUUAACAUGUUCAUUUUCUACUGUUGUGAUUUCCAUGCCAAGCUAAUCUUACCAUUACUGUUCAUUAUAACAGAUUUUAUUUCAGAAACAUUCUUUCAAAUAAAAUCAUACAACUUGGCAAAAUUUCUAAUUAUUAUUUAAUUAGUUAAAAACCAAAAAUAUGUAUGUAUUAAAGUCUCAUAAAUUGAUGACAUAAACAUUAACAUCUUGUUUAGUUGGCAUGGAGUGAUUCUUUGCUUUGGAAAAGGUGAAAUAAAUGUUUUGUGAUAAAUCUUUUGAGAUAAGAGCAAAUAAGGAAAAUGCAUUAGCCAGUUGGUUGAAAGUCAGUUUAUAAAACAAAAUCUGCUGAGAGUGUGCUUUCUGGGUUUUUUUUAAUUAUUAUUAUUAGCAGUUGAAUGAACUUGUGAUUGGGAUAUCAUGUUGAAUGGUGUGUGAACACGCUCUCACAGCUCCACCAACAACAUUGAAUGAUGGAGUUUCAGUCCAAACCACCAGGAUCCAAACCGUUUCCUCCUGAACUAAAUGGGCAGGGAAAGGACAUUGAUUGAAGGAAUUGUUUUAGGUGAAUUAUAAUCAAAUCUUUCAGAGCAAUAAAUCAGGUUACAGUUCAGAGCUGUACAACACUGCAAGAUAAGGAAAUUAUAGAUUUUUUUUUUUUUUGCCAUUAUCCAUUAGAAGUGUUAUUCCAACCACAACACAGUAAGAAUAUUCUGCCAAACGUCUUGAAAGGCUGGAUUUGACCCGGAUCCAAGACGGAGAAAGUUGAUUUUGGAAAACCAAAUGGAGCCUGGAUCUCUGCAUCAGUUCCUAACAUCCUUCUCCAAGGAAUGAAACUGGAGAAAUAUUGGACACAGUUGUUUUUUUUGGCCUGAUGAUGAUUUUUAUUACCUGGAAGUUCACUUGAAACACACUGCAGAUGUGUGGUGUGCUUCUUGCUGCUCUCUUAGUUUUCAGGAUUAGGUGUACCAUCGUCAACAUGCAGGUGGACAAUCGUGCUUUGUGCCAAAACUUCCCAACUUUAGACCACACAAAGUAGCAUUGAAGCACACUUGUCCAAGGAAGGCUUCCAUAUUGUCUUUUCUGUUUUUCUAGCAGGUAAUAUGAUAAAUCAUGAUUUUUUUAAAUAAAUAGAUUUGUGAUAUGUA